GUCAGGGGUGUACUCCUUUCAUCAUCCUCUUCAGUCUUCACAAACCCCCAGUCCCACGUUACACCUUCCCAAAACGCAGCGUUUCCCUCUAGCCUUCUCAUUUUCUCCAAUCUGUAACGGAUCCAAAACGCAGCGUAUGAUCAUCCGCUCCUCGGUUUCUCGCGCUUUCUCGCGUUUUCUCGCUCCUUGUCUAUGGUAGUGACAAGGAGAGUUUUGUGAACUUUGACGGGCGAUUCGUCGUUGAAAAAAUGGCGGGAAUAGCAAUACUGUUGGAUCUAUGGAGGAAAAAUCCGAGUUUUUUCUCGGGGCAAACCCUACACUCCUAUGGCUCGUUCUCGGCAACAGCAGCUGCUUCAGCCGCCGCGGCUUCCGUGGCCGCUGCGACUCCGUUUGCCUCUAGGUUUUUAUUCGGUAAUGCUGGUAUUUCAGUUGCUCAAUGUGAUGCUGGUGCAACAUGGAGUGAUGACUACAUUUCUAAACUACGAAGUGCAUCUGCCAAUAUCUUUCAGAAUGAUUCUCUGAAAUACAGUACCAAGGAGUACUAUAUUGAGCUGAAACCCCUAUUCUCGGCUUUUGGAGCGAAGUCUCUUGCAAUGACAUCCUUGAGGUCUUUCCUAAUGUUCUAUUUGCCUCUUUUAGAGCCCCAUACGAACAUGGAGGAUGACGAUGAAGAUUUCCUACAGGAAACACCAGAGGAGAGCCAUGUAGAUUUGGUCGUUCCUUUCAAAAAAUCGGUGAAGCAAAUCAUGCGUGAGACUACUGUUGUAACAACAAGACGGGUUCUAGAAAGACUUGCUGUAACUUAUUUUUCACAAAGGAUGGCAUGGAAACUCCUUAAAGAUGUUCCCAAAUCAGCUGUGCGCAAGGCUGACAGGGGGAUGCCUACCUUAGUUUACUUCUUUCGCAUUAGCAGAACAACUUUUAGAGGACAUUUUCUAGGAGUAGCGGCAUCAUGGCUUGUCCAAGUUGGCAUUGAAAUCUACCGAUUCUUCUCUUGGAUGAUUAACUCUGAAGAAGAGAUUGAUAGGGCUGAUAAGGCUCAAAGAGCCAAGCUUCUAGGAAAGAAAGUUACGUGUACUACUGUCAAAUGUGGUGCAUCACUAGUUUUUGCUUCCAUAGGAGCCGGGAUUGGUGCCACCCUUUUCCGUCCUUCAGCCGGCCAGUGGAUUGGCUGUGCUGCUGGGGACUUGGCUGGGCCCAUUAUUGUAUCAGUUUGCUUUGAAAAGGUUCUUCACGUAGACCUUUAGAAGAGCACAUGGGAUAAGUUGUCUGAUGGAUUCUUGGCACCUGCUUCGAAUUGUGUACUACCCCAAUUUUUAAAGUAUCUGAUGCUUACACUUACGCAUAAAACCAUAUUUGAUCAUAAAUCACUUGAAUCUGGUGUUGGGCGAAAACAGACCCGGCAAGCCAUUCACCAAAUUUUCCUUUCUGGGCAACUACUAUUCCCUCCGUUUACAAUUGUCAUGGUCUCUGAGAAUAAUCAGAACUGGUAUUAAUUGAUUUAAUUGCAAUCAAUUGAUAUGCUUUUGCUGGCGUGUAAGUUUCAUAGGACUGCAUUUUCCUUCUACAGAAGAUUUAUGAUCUGAACUGGCCAUUGGGCACAACGGUGCAUCCGAUUGUUAAAUAAUGGAUCCUGCAAAUAUUUUAAACUAAUUCUAAGCCAUCUUGUUUAGAACA